AUGCGAUUUACUAUUGAAGAAAUCAACAACUCCACUUCUCUCCUUCCCAAUGUCACGCUGGGAUAUGAGAUUUUCGACCACUGCUCCAACACUCGUAACUUCCCAAAUGUUUUCAAAUUCCUUUCCCUGGAACGGAGGCUGCAGCCCUGGUACCACCUCAGCCUGGGCCUCUCCGAUGUGGCUGCAGUGGUGGGCCCUUUCUCCAGCUCAGACACGACCACCAUCGCUCCACUGCUCAUGAACCGGGUGCCUAUGGCAAACCCGUCCUAUUCUUACAAUGUCUAUACUGCGGUCUACGCCAUCGCCCACGCCCUGCACAACUUACUGCAGUGUGGCAGCGGCGAAUGCCAAAAGAAUACAACAGUGCAGCACCAUAAGGUUCUGCAAGAGUUGGGAAAGUCAAAUUUUUCCCUUUUACAAGACAUCAUUCGGUUUGAUGAAAAUUACGACCCAAAGUUUGGAUUUUACACCAUUGUAUACUGGAACAGCAGCGGAGACACAGAGGAAGUGGGAUUCUACAGAUUUGACACAACUCUCAAACUCCACAUCAACACAACCAGAGUGGAGUGGUACACAAACGGAGAGACUCCUGUUUCACGGUGCUCCCAGGACUGCUUGGUGGGAUAUGCAAAAAAACAACAAGGUCCCCACAAGUGCUGCUUCACCUGUCAGAUUUGCCCCAAUGGAACGUACAUUAACGUCACAGAUGAUGCGUACAGUUGCCAGGACUGCACUGCGGCAGAGUGGUCGUCUGAAGCCAGCACCUCAUGUUACCUGCGCUCAGUGGAGUUUGUACCGUUCGAGGAUGCAGUUGCCAUAGUGAUCAUGGUUGGGACUGGGGUUUUGGUGGCCAUCUCUCUCCUCACUGCUCUGCUCUUUGCUCUGAACUACAACACUCCGGUGGUGAGGUCUGCAGGUGGACCCAUGUGCUUCCUGAUACUUGCCAGCCUCAGCCUCUGCAGCAUCAGUGUGUUUUUCUAUUUCGCUGCAGACAUGAACUCUCUCCUAGUGUCGCUGAUACUGAUGGACAAUGUUCUGUCCUCUGGGUCUCAGUGCACUGUCCCCCGUUCUGAGUUUAGUCUUGCUGGAGAUUAUCUGGUUGGAGGACUUUUCGAAGUUCAUGAUGUGGACGAUGAGGGUUAUCAAGUUUUGCCUGAAGCCAUCAACUGCUCGCGACAACCAUUCCUAAUUUACAACUAUCGGAGGUUUCAGAUCAUGCGAUUUGCUGUGGAGCAGAUCAACAACUCCACACAGCUCCUUCCCAAUGUCACUUUGGGCUAUGAGAUCUAUGACCAUUGCUCGGACACCAAAGUUUUCCCUGGGAUCUUCGACUUCCUCUCCUCCAACGAGUCUGUGAAUCCCUGGCCUGAGCCUCAGAGACUGCAUAAGCCUAAAGUCAUAUCAGUGAUUGGAACCUACUCCAGCACAAAGUCACGCACAAUCUCGCCGCUCUUGACCAUAGACUUUGUGCCUCUGGUGAGCCUCUAA